AUGCAGAAGAAACCAUUGAACAAUAGACAACGAAAGUCAACUGCUCUGAACUACAGUCCAUAUACAGGUGUUGAUGUGUUUGUAUGCCCCAAAAAGAUACAUCACGUUGCCCAGCAUCUUGAGCUUCCCAAAGUGAAAGCAAAUGGGAAAGUGUUCAUUGUAAACAUACAGUUGCCUACUUGUCCUACUGCAAUAUUUCUUGGUGAUAGUGAUGGAGAGGGGAUGAGUCUUGUAAUGUAUUUCAAAGUUUCUGAGAAUUUUGAUAAAGACAUCUCCCCUCAAUUCUAG